GCACACUUGCACUUAUACAUGCAGUAUAAAUGUCAUGCUUUUGCAUGUUGUUUUUCACAACUCUCAAUUUUUUAAAAAUAGUGAUAUUAUUGUUUUGUGGCAAUUUGUUAUAUAUAGAAAAUGAAAAAUGAGGAUGUUGAGAAUGGAGAAAUUAAUGUGGUAAAGUAUAUGCAAGAGCCAUUCAUUCAAAAAGGGAGUGAUGCUUGUGAAGAUAAAAGUGUGGAAAAUGGAUCCAUUGGAAUGGUUCUGCUUAGCACAUUUGUUGCUGUUUGUGGUUCUUUUUCAUUUGGAACUUGUGUGGGUUAUUCAGCACCUACUCAAGCUGCUAUAAGGGAAGAUCUUAAUCUAUCUCUUGCUCAGUUUUCAAUGUUUGGUUCUUUGGUGACUAUUGGUGCAAUGCUUGGAGCUAUAACAAGUGGCAGAAUUACUGAUUUCAUUGGAAGAAAAGGGGCUAUGAGAAUUUCAACGGGAUUUUGCAUUAUAGGGUGGAUAGCUGUCUUCUUCUCUAAGGGUUCUUCCACGCUUGACUUGGGAAGGUUAUUCACCGGAUAUGGAAUUGGACUUGUCUCAUACGUGGUUCCGGUAUAUAUAGCAGAAAUAGCACCCAAAAAUCUUAGAGGAAUGCUUGCAACAACAAAUCAGCUUAUGAUUGUUAUUGGAUCAUCAGUGUCAUUUUUAUUAGGAAGUGUCAUAAAUUGGAGACAUCUAGCACUAGCAGGACUAAUGCCUUGCAUUUGCUUGUUGGUUGGUUUGUACUUCAUUCCUGAGUCUCCUAGAUGGCUGGCAAAGGUUGGUCGUGAAAAAGAGUUUCAACUAGCUUUAAGGAAACUUCGUGGUAAAGAUAUUGAUAUUUCUCAUGAAGCUAUUGAAAUUAUGGAUAAUAUUGAAACUCUUCAAAGCCUUCCUAAGGUUAAGAUGUUGGAUUUGUUGCAAAGCAAGUAUGUGCGCGCUGUAGUUAUUGGUGUUGGACUAAUGGCAUUUCAACAAUCUGUUGGAAUUAACGGCAUAGGAUUCUAUACAGCUGAGACUUUUGUUGCAGCAGGGCUUUCUUCAGCAAAAUCCGGUACCGUAGCUUAUGCUUGUAUACAAGUUCCAUUUACCAUGUUGGGAGCCAUUUUGAUGGAUAAAUCUGGAAGAAAACCUCUUAUAACAGUUUCUGCAAGUGGAACAUUCUUGGGCUGCGUUAUUACCGGAAUUGCUUUCUUUUUCAAGGAUCAAAGCUUAUUGCUUGAGUGGGUGCCAACAUUAGCAGUUACAGGCGUGUUGAUUUACGUAGCAUCAUUUGCAAUUGGUUUGGGAUCAGUUCCUUGGGUGGUGAUGUCUGAGGUGUUUCCUAUAAAUGUGAAGGGAAUUGCGGGAAGUUUGGUGGUUUUGGUAGCCUGGCUAGGAGCUUGGGUGGUUUCGUAUACCUUCAAUUUUCUUAUGAGUUGGAGUUCUCCUGGUACUAUGUUUUUGUAUGCUGGAUGUUCCCUUUUAACCAUUCUAUUUGUUGUAAAAGUAGUCCCAGAAACCAAAGGAAAAACAUUGGAAGAAAUUCAGUCUUGCAUUAGGACCAAAAUGAACCCCGAUAGAUACAUAUCAAAUGUUGUUUUACCUAAAGUAGCAAAUCAAAAGAACAACACCUUUCAUUCGCAUUCGCUGGAGAAGAAUAGUGUUCCUUUCAAAAUGAGAAAUGAGGAUGUUGAGAAUGGAGAAAUUAAUGUGGUAAAGUAUAUGCAAGAGCCAUUCAUUCAAAAAGGGAGUGAUGCAUGUGAAGAUAAAAGUGUGGAAAAUGGAUCCAUUGGAAUGGUUUUGCUCAGCACAUUUGUUGCUGUUUGUGGCUCUUUUUCUUUUGGAACUUGUGUGGGUUAUUCAGCACCCACUCAAGCCGCUAUAAGGGAAGAUCUUAAUCUUUCUCUUGCUCAGUUUUCAAUGUUUGGUUCUUUGGUGACUAUUGGUGCAAUGCUUGGAGCUAUAACAAGUGGUAGAAUUACUGAUUUCAUUGGAAGAAAAGAGGCUAUGAGAAUAUCAACAGGAUUUUGCAUUAUAGGAUGGUUAGCUGUCUUCUUCUCUAAGGGUUCUUGCACACUUGAUUUAGGAAGAUUUUUUACAGGAUAUGGAAUUGGAGUUAUCUCAUACGUGGUUCCAGUAUAUAUAGCAGAAAUAGCACCAAAAAAUCUUCGAGGAGGACUCGCAACAACAAAUCAACUUAUGAUUGUUAUUGGAUCAUCAGUAUCAUUUUUAUUAGGAAGUGUUAUAAAUUGGAGACAACUAGCACUAGCAGGACUAGUGCCUUGCACUUGCUUGUUGGUUGGUCUGUGCUUCAUUCCCGAGUCUCCUAGAUGGCUGGCAAAGGUUGGUCGUGAAAAAGAGUUUCAACUAGCUUUAAAGAAACUUCGGGGUAAAGAUGUUGAUAUUUCUAAUGAAGCUACUGAAAUUAUGGACAAUAUUCAAACUCUUCAAAAUCUUCCUAAGACUAAGAUGUUGGAUUUGUUCCAAAGCAAAUACGCGCGGUCUGUAGUUAUUGGUGUUGGACUAAUGGUAUUUCAACAAUCUGUUGGAAUUAAUGGUAUAGGAUUCUAUACAGCUGAGACUUUUGUUGCAGCAGGGCUUUCUUCACCAGAAUCUGGUACCAUAGCUUAUGCUAGUAUACAAGUUCCAUUUACCAUGUUGGGCGCAAUUUUGAUGGAUAAAUCUGGAAGAAAACCUCUUAUAACAGUUUCUGCAAGUGGAACAUUCUUAGGCUGCUUAAUUACAGGAAUUGCUUUCUUUAUCAAGGAUCAAAGCUUAUUGCUUGAGUGGGUGCCAACAUUAGCAGUUGCAGGCGUGUUGAUUUACAUAGCCUCAUUUUCAAUUGGUUUGGGAUCAGUUCCUUGGGUGAUGAUGUCUGAGGUGUUUCCUAUAAAUGUGAAGGGAAUUGCUGGAAGUUUGGUGGUUUUGGUAGCCUGGCUAGGAGCUUGGGUAGUUUCAUUUUCAUAUACCUUCAAUUUCCUUAUGAGUUGGAGUUCUCCUGGUACUAUGUUUUUGUAUGCUGGAUGUUCCCUUUUAACCAUUCUAUUUGUUGCAAAAGUAGUUCCAGAAACCAAAGGAAAAACAUUGGAAGAAAUACAAGCUUGCAUUAGUUCUUAGAGAUAGAAUGGAUACAUGAUGGUGUAUCACUCUCUGUAAUUCGUAAUUUAGACGCUUACUAUUAUAACUACUGGUAUUGAGAUAGAAUUGACCUAAACAUGAUGAAUUGAGUAACUGGCUCUCUUAAUUGAUUCAGAUUCAAGCAAGGAGUAUUUAUACAAAAGUUAAGAACACCAUAAGCUAACUUGAUACACACACAACAUAUAGUAACUUGUGUAACAAGAAACAACAUUCUAACUAACUACCAACACGAAUCUAACUAAUUCCUUGAGAUUAGCAACUAACUAUUUAUAACUAUCUAAUUUGAAUCAUCUUCAUUUUGAGUAGGUCCAUGUAAUAUUCUCCCACUAC